AUGCGCACCCUCGCGUGCCUCUUGCUCCUCCUCGCGUCGCUGACGCCGGUGGGAGCGAACUAUGGUACAUCCCCGUACAGUCACAUGCACUACCCCCCGUACGGCACGCGGAGGGACCCCGACUUAGAACCCAAGCCGAAACCCAAGCCCAAGAAGCCGCUCGACCUGAAGAUCAUCGACACCGCGAAGUGCAAGCCGCUGGGAUUCGGCGAGGGCAUCGGUCCCGCGUGCUCCGACUGCGAAACCUUGUUCGAGUUUGUCAAGGACGAGGACCUGGCGUCCGCGACGCAGCUGGUGGAGGAGUGCCGCGAGUGCUGCUUCAUAGACCGCGACCCAAACAUCAAGUACGACCGCUGCGAGCUGCUGGUGGACCAGAUGGCGCUCAUGUACGGGCAGCACGGGGGCGUGCGAGAGUUCAUCGAGGACCACGCCAAGCCGUACCUCGCGAACGGGAGGCUGGAGAUCAGGUUCGUAAACGGCCAGAGGACGGAGCAACCGGAGAUGAGGUUCUACGACGGGGACGUGGAGCACCCGGAGGAGCGGGUCAUGCUGUGGCUGGCCAAGCAGCCCGGGUGGGGAUGGGAGAGCAUACAAAAGUACGUCGAGGGAAAGACCAAGUCGGGGCCCGAGGCGGACAAGGUUCGAGCCGAUUACAAGGCGGGGAUAAAGCCGAAGAAGGCGCGGCGGAAGAAGAGGAAGGCGAAGGCGAAGGCGGGCGGCGGGACGAAGAAGAAGAAGGGGGGGUUCUCGUCAAUCUUCAGCCGCAAGGACGAGCUGUAG